AUGAAAUUUGUUUCAUCUGCUAAGACAGAACUAGCCAGCACGACAACAUUUUUUGAGGAGCCAAAGUCUAGUCGUGGUAUAAACACAAUGCCCCGUGUUGUGAAGAGAAAAUUGCAGAAAAUCAAGCCACUUAUUCAGUACAACAAAAGGGGGAAACCAUAUGGCCGUGCACAUAUUGAGUUGCAGUCCUACAUUGGUGUGUUGGCACAGUCCAGAGUCCCAAUUGUGGACAAGAAAUGGACUAAAAUCCCCAUGGAUAUAAAAGAGCAGAUUUGGGAAGCCGUUGACAUGGCUUAUGUGGUAGGGCAAGGGGGUAAAAAAAUGGUAUUAUCAUCUGCUGGCAAGAAAUGGAAGGAUUUCAAGUCUACAUUAACGAGGCAUCAUAUCCUUCCAUUCAUCAAUGAGAAUGAGAAGUUAAGACAACCCCCUGAAUUAUAUAAAUUCAUAGAGAAAGCAGACUGGGAUGCCUAUGUAGCUUCAAGGUUAUCCGAACAAUUUGAGUCUGUCCAUGUUGAACAUGCACAGAGGAGAGAGAAAUGCGAGUACAAUCAUCGAUUGUCUCGAAAAGGAUAUGUUGGUUUGGAGCAAGGUCUUAAAUAUCGAUAG